UGUCCAUGGUCACUAUUUAUAGAUGUGCAUUCAUGGCAUGUUUGGGUCCCGUGCUUCGCGGCAGGAGCUAGGCCCUAUUUUCAGCACCUGAAUAGACAUGACAGGUAACCCUGUGUGUCCGGCCACUCGUAGCCUACUGGGCUACUAAAGACACCUCCAGGGGGGAGCACUUUCUUUGGGUCGACAACUACAAGGUGCGGCCUAUGGGCCAGUGCGUCUUAUAGGGCGAAAAAUACGGUACUUGCUUGCUCCUCCUCCCGACCUCCCCUGCCCUUUGCGUACACCACUUGACGUGACGUCACGCGGAGGCACUGCAACGCUAGGGUGAACCGAGCCCCGGUCUCCUUCCUGAACUGCAGAGCAGUGCCCACUUCCAACCCUGAGCCCAGAUGCCCAGAGCACUGAUCCUGAGCCGCUGGAGUCUUCAGAACUGGAAGUAUUUACAGUAAUUCACUACACUGUAUCUCUUGAGACAGAAUCAAUCAUGGCAAGCAAAGAUGACAUUGUGUAUACCCCAGAGAUGUACGACUAUUUCUUUCUUGAGGAUGAGGAGGAAAAUGUAGUGAAAUGCAAAGGUGACAACACAAGUCAAGCAUCAGGUACAGAUUUGGCCUUGGCUUCCACGUCCUCAGUGGAUGCUACUUGGCCUGAAGCCUGUGAGUUUUUCUUUGCUGAUGGGCCUCAAAAUGAUGACAGGGAGGGAAUUUCAUUCAGUAUCCCAUCUUCCCACAUGACAAGUGCUGCAGACAUUAGCCAGUCCUUUGUUCCUGAAGGACUAAAGGGAUUCAAAGUGAGGAGAGCACAUCACAUGAGAGGCCCGGAUGGGAGUCUCAUUCCUCAAGAUCAUCACAGGCCAUCCAAAAUAUCAGGCUCUAUUGUGCCACAUUUGUCCCCCAGCAGAAGUGACGCUUGCUUAGUAUUCCUUGCCUUUGCAUCUUGGGCUGUGAAAUCUUCAGACUUGCAAUCUUCAGAUGGAUGGAAAACAGCUCUACUGGCAAACAUUGGUGCCGUCUCCGCCAUUCAGUAUUUACGGAGGCGAAGGAAAAGAACCUGGCAAGAAUCUCCACCAGACUCUGGAGACGAAACCUAAUCUUCCCAAUAAAUCUGAUCUACAAGUCCAAGGAGCAACAGUAUGGAUGGAAAGGUCUCCAGACUGCAUGAUGGCCAUCUGCCUGUAGCUCACAUCUACUCAUUCCCUGCAAGUGAAGCCAAUUUGAGACUCACUGCUUCAGUAUUGAAUUUAUCCAAGAUGCGUAUAAAUUAUUUCACAGCACCUUAGACAAGAGUUUGAAGAAACAUGAGUAGGUUAGUGGUGGACACAUUCAGAAGGUCAUCAAGUAUGUUUUCUGGAAGAAGUACGUUAUAUUAUAGACUUCUGAGGGAACGGGCCUGGUCAUGUUCUUCAGCCUGACACGGUCAGCAUUUUAUAGACUAGUUUGAGGGUUCUCAGAUCUAGAGGCUGUCACCUGAAGUCGCAGUGGGAGAUCAGUGGAAACACAAGGGAGCUUUGUGCUGGGAUUCUUCUGCCUGCAGUGUUGCUGUGAUACAUAAUAAAUUGUGUCUAGUUUACCCCCGCAG